GGUGGUAGGGAUUUUGAUGGGGUAUAAAUUCACUCUACAAUCGUUCGACUACCACAGAAAAAUUUAAUACACCAAGUGUGAACGGGACUUGUCACACCGUAAAAAACGUGCACCAAGUUUUGGAAAUUCAAGAUGCAUUUCUCAAGCACAUUCAUCCUUUUCGUGGGUAUCUCUUGCAUUGCCAUCGUGGCAAUCGCUGAGGAUGUUCAACAAUAUUCGAAACUGCAAACCUUACCUCUGGAAGCGGGGAACCCUGACGUAGGCGAAGAACAAGGACUCGUUAGACAGAAACGUACCCUCUUUUUGAAGAAGAAGAUCCUUGGUGCUGGCCUCCUAGGAUUUGGUAUUGGAGCCCUUAAGGGAUACAAGUUCGGGUCCAGCAGCGCUCCCGAAGUUCAUCACGUUUACGUUUCACCCCCGGCUCCCCCAACGAAAUACGUCGAGUACGUAGAGAAGCCAGUUUACGUUGAGAAGCCAGUUUACGUUGAAAGAAUCGUCGAAAAGCCUGUGCACGUAGAGUACGAGCCACAAUGGUCCGAGCCAGCCCCAACUUACGGUCAAUGGUGAAUGUAAGCGAA